UCUCUUCCGCUCGCCGGCUGCGGCGCCUGGGACGGUUGCGGUGGGUCUGGGCGCUGGGAAGUCAUCCAAGAUGAUUAAAAAAUUCGACAAGAAGGACGAGGAGUCUGGUAGUGGCUCCAAUCCCUUUCGGCAUCUGGAGAAGAGCGCUGUCUUGCAGGAGGCUCGUAUCUUCAAUGAAACACCCAUCAAUCCAAGAAGAUGUUUGCAUAUUCUUACAAAGAUUCUUUACUUACUGAACCAGGGUGAAUACUUUGGAACCAUGGAAGCCACAGAAGCCUUCUUUGCCAUGACGCGCUUGUUUCAGUCCAACGAUCAAAUCUUGAGAAGAAUGUGUUACCUUACCAUCAAAGAAAUGGCUAACAUCUCUGAGGACGUCAUCAUCGUCACAAGCAGCUUGACCAAGGACAUGACUGGGAAGGAAGACGUGUACCGAGGCCCGGCCAUCAGGGCUCUCUGCAGAAUCACUGACGGAACAAUGCUGCAAGCGAUCGAAAGGUACAUGAAGCAGGCCAUCGUGGACAAGGUCGCCAGCGUCUCCAGCUCGGCACUGGUCUCCUCCUUGCACAUGAUGAAGAUAAGCUAUGAUGUGGUUAAACGCUGGGUCAAUGAAGCCCAAGAAGCUGCUUCCAGUGAUAAUAUUAUGGUUCAGUAUCAUGCAUUGGGAGUCCUGUAUCACCUUAAACGGAACGAUCGCCUUGCUGUUUCUAAGAUGUUGAAUAAAUUUACUAAAUCCGGUCUCAAAUCACAGUUUGCUUAUUGCAUGCUGAUCCGAAUUGCCAGUCGCUUGCUAAAAGAAAAUGAAGAGGGCCAUGAAAGUCCACUCUUUGACUUUAUUGAGAGCUGCUUGCGAAAUAAGCACGAGAUGGUUAUUUAUGAAGCGGCUUCAGCCAUCAUCCAUCUUCCUAACUGUACCGCCCGCGAGCUGGCACCUGCUGUUUCCGUUCUUCAGCUUUUCUGCAGCUCUCCGAAGCCAGCUCUGAGAUACGCUGCCGUGAGGACCUUGAACAAGGUGGCAAUGAAGCACCCCUCUGCAGUGACUGCGUGCAAUCUGGACUUAGAAAACUUGAUCACAGACUCCAACAGGAGCAUUGCGACCUUGGCCAUCACCACACUCCUCAAAACGGGGAGCGAGAGCAGCGUGGACAGGCUCAUGAAGCAGAUCUCGUCUUUCGUGUCUGAAAUCUCGGACGAGUUCAAGGUGGUGGUUGUACAGGCCAUUCGAGCUCUCUGCCAGAAAUACCCGCGGAAACACAGCGUCCUGAUGACGUUCCUCUCCAACAUGCUGCGCGAUGACGGAGGCUUCGAGUACAAGCGUGCCAUCGUGGACUGCAUCAUCAGCAUCGUGGAGGAGAACCCCGAGAGUAAAGAAGCGGGGCUGGCCCACCUGUGCGAGUUCAUCGAGGACUGCGAGCACACGGUCCUGGCCACGAAGAUCCUGCACCUGCUGGGCAAGGAGGGGCCGCGCACGCCCGCGCCCUCCAAGUACAUCCGCUUCAUCUUCAACAGGGUCGUCCUGGAGAACGAGGCUGUGCGCGCGGCUGCCGUGAGUGCGUUGGCUAAGUUUGGGGCUCAGAAUGAGAGUCUUCUCCCAAGCAUCCUUGUACUCUUACAGAGGUGCAUGAUGGACACUGACGACGAGGUCCGGGACAGAGCGACCUUCUACCUGAACGUGCUGCAGCAGAGGCAGACGGCGCUGAAUGCUGCCUACAUCUUCAAUGGCCUGACGGUCUCUGUGCCAGGGAUGGAAAAAGCAUUACACCAGUACACACUGGAGCCUUCAGAAAAGCCCUUUGACAUGAAGGCGAUUCCUCUUGCUAUGACUCCUGUCUUUGAACAGAAAACUGAAAUCACACUGGUAACUCCUAAGCCCGAGAAGUUGGCACCUUCUAGGCAAGACAUUUUUCGAGAGCAACUGGCCGCUAUCCCUGAGUUUACAACUCUUGGACCCUUGUUCAAGUCCUCCGAGCCCGUUCAGCUCACAGAGGCAGAGACGGAGUAUUCUGUGCGUUGUGUCAAGCACAUGUUCACGAAUCACAUUGUGUUCCAGUUCGACUGCACCAACACGCUCAACGACCAGCUCCUGGAGAGAGUGACGGUGCAGGUGGAGCCCUCGGAGCCCUACGAGGUGCUGUGCUACGUGCCCGCCCCCAGCCUCGCUUACAACCAGCCAGGAAUCUGCUACACGCUGCUCCGUCUGCCCGAAGAUGACUCUGCCGCAGUGGCAGCCACCUUCAGCUGCACCAUGAAGUUCGCCGUCCGGGACUGCGACCCCGACACUGGGGUCCCCGCUGAGGAUGGCUAUGAGGACGAGUACGUGCUGGAAGAUCUGGAAGUGACCGUGUCCGACCACAUUCAGAAGGUUCUGAAGCCUAACUUUGCUGCCGCCUGGGAGGAAGUGGGUGACGCCUUUGAGAAAGAGGAGACGUUUGCCCUCAGUUCUACCAAAACUCUCGAAGAAGCCGUCAACAACAUCAUCAGCUUUCUAGGCAUGCAGCCCUGUGAGAGGUCGGACAAAGUACCCGAGAACAAGAACUCCCACUCCCUCUACCUGGCAGGUGUGUACAGAGGAGGCUCUGACUUACUGGUGAGGUCCCGACUGGCCUUAGCAGAUGGCGUGACCAUGCAGGUGGCUGUCAGAAGCCAAGAGGGGACACCGGUAGAUGUCAUCUUGGCUUCUGUGGGGUAGCUUUCAGCUGGGCAAGAUGGAGCUGGCGUGCACACCCCUGUCAGGGGGCUUUUAGGCUAGUGCAUGACCUUCCCAGAAUCAUACUUCAAAACCGGAAUGACUUUGGAGAAGCAAAUUAAAUUUGGGGCCCUGAGCCAGCAGAUCAAGCGAAUCUCUGUUCGUGUACAUGUCUGUCUGUUUUCUCCUUUUUCUUUUAAUUACCCUCAGUCAGCUUUGGUAUUAAAGUGCGGCUUUGGGUGAUCUUGAAAAUCAAAUACUAGCCUAUACCCCAGCUGCUUAACUCCGU